UAAUUAGUUGGGAUAAUUGAGGGCUUUUACUGAUCCGGCUAAACACCACAAAGUAAAACAAAAAGCUGAUUACUGUUUAUUGCUCGUUCGUCCACACUAUUCAUUACAGCGUUAUUCCGCUUGUCAAAUAUCCACCUGCGACUGCACACUUGUGUAAGUCUUUUCAUUUUUAAUCGCGCAGUGACUGAGACACCGUUACUUAAGCAGAGCGCCGGUCCUCCUGACAAACAUCUGGAUCAUCAUACCUUGGAAACAUUCAUUGUGGCGCUUAACAAACUAAUCUUUCCACCUAUAAUGUUGAUUAUUUUGGCGGGGGCGUGAACUGUUUGGGAACUUGGAAGAGGAAAAGAGGUGGAGAGCAAGUUUCAGGCCCACAGUCGAGAUAGGAUUUCUUCACCUCUUGGUCAUAAAUAUUUCAGACUGGGAGGCCAUGGCUCAACUGGAGAGAGCCACAGUAGAAGAGGAUGUGUCCUGGUGGACAGCGGAGCCAAAGAAGGAGAGCUGAGGACGUAAAGAGGUCGGUGCAACAUGGAGGAGGUGGUGAGGAAACGGCCAGUGAUCUCUGCCAGAGAAAGAGGCCCGGGCCCGGGACGCUACGCUCUGCCCCCUACAGUUGGGUUCAUCAACCAUGACUUCACCAAGCCCAGCAGCCCCGCCUACUCCUUCCGCAGCCGCACCAGCAGUGCCAUGGUUUCAGGGGGCUCCAGCCCUGGACCGAGGUACUUUGUUCACGCCAAGCUUACCCGGUUUGGACAGAUGGAGACUCCUUCGUACUCCAUGUCAGGCAGAGGAAGACACGUCGCAAAUAAAGACGUGCUGUUCCAGACUCCAGGACCGGGGGCCUACAACCCAGAGAGGGCGCCCCCUGUCAACAGUCAGCGCCGGACUCCGUCCUACACCAUCGGCCCCCGAACAAGAUACCGAUCUGUUGACCCCGUACCAGCGCCCAACAGCUACAGUCUUCCCAAUCUCCUGGGUAGCCAGGUUCCCAACAAACCCUCCAGUGCCAGUUACAGCUUCUCAGGCCGGAGGGGGGUCGGCGGUCCCACUGAAGAUCUCGCCAAAACUCCUGGACCAGGACAAUACAGCAGCACAAACCCCGACAUCUACCGACAGCGCCAGCCCUCGUUCACCAUGCAGAGCCGGACUAAGAGGCCGCUUUAUUCCUCUGCUAUUCCAGGGCCAGGAACAUACAGCCCAGAAAAGAUUCAUACACACCUCCCCAAACCUCCAUCUUUCAGCAUGGGAAUCAGACACUCGGAGUAUAUUACCCCACUUGUUGUCAGUGUGCUUGAUUAAAAAUACUGAGAACCCACUUCAUUUCCAUUUAUCAGUUUCC